AUGGCCGAGUCUGGAUCAGAAAAGAGUUCUGUGGUAGCAGACCGGCAGAUGGAAGGACCACGGAUUAAUUCCUGUGAUCAGAAUCUGAACCGAUGCUGUGAAAUAAUAGAAUUGAAUUCUGAGAUUCAAGGGCAGCUCUUCACAAUCCUCAAUGAAACAUCUCAAGAAGGUGGACAUUAUGCAGGUGUGGAAACAAUAAAAACUCGUCUCCUGCCAUGGCUAGGGACUUGUUUUUCCUGUGCUACUUCAGGAAGGCUCUUUGAAACCAACCUCUCUCUCACUCAGGAUUCAAUUGAGAGAGAGAGGCAGCUGAGAGAGCUGGCUAGCAGUCAGACUUUUCAAUUGCAAGAGCUGCAGGAAGAACUGACUUCAACUCGUCUACAGCUCAACCAUGUGCAACAAGAUCUGGCAAAAACCCAGCUGGCUCUUGAAGACACAAAGACCAAAUCAUCCACUACUCUUUUGGCAGCAGAAGAUGAAAUUGUUCAGCUAAAAGCAGCUCUGAAGACUUCCCGUGCCCAAGAGAAGGAUGCCCUGAGGAAGUUAGAUCGUCUGAAUGAUUAUAAGCAGCAGAUUCAAAUACUGCGGGAUGAGAUUUCUAUCCUGGAUGCCCAAAAGUCUGUUCUUCAGAGCAGGCUUGCACGGAGCCACUCUCCUUCCCCAAGGCACAGUGAGAGCAAGUCACCUAGUCCCGUUCCUCUGAAGAACUGCUCACCUGGCCGAGCCAGACAUACAAAUGCUUCGCGUCGCGCCUGCCUGAUAGCUCGCUUUGGUGACAUUUAUGCUCGAGAACGCUUGGAUGCAGAGACCCUUUUGAGGACAUACAUCAGUGACAUCGAGAUGGUGCAGAGGAUAAUAUACAUUGCAGCUGUGGAGUCUUUUCAUGCAGCAAAGAUGGCCUACAGGCAGUUCAAAAUACGUGUAAGAGAGACUCUGUCUCUAGGUCACUCGGGGCCUGAGUCACUUGAAGAUGCUGUCCUGGACUACAUAGUUCGCCAUGAGGAUCUGUAUGACGUUCAAGCCAGUGUCAACGAAGUAAUUCGCUCCAUGAACAUCAACCCAAAGAUUUCAUUUCCACCAGAAAUUGAUUUCAUUGUGAUCAGCACUUUGAUUCAAGAGUUGUGCCGUGUGGCUUUUUCAAUGCAGACACUCGUUCCUCCUCUUGAUAUUGCCUUUGAUACUGAUGGAGAACUUUUCAGUGAGACCAAGUACCAUCGUAGUUUUGACUCUGAUUUCACAGCUGCCUUGGUGGCCUAUCAUGUAUGGCCUGCUCUGAUGGAAAAUGAUGUUGUAGUUGUGAAAGGAGAGGCAGUUACAAAAAGAGGAGCACUGUGGUCUCGUAGAAGCAGAAGCCGCAGCCGUAGCACCAGUCCUCUUCUAUGUCAUCAUUUGUCUCGAAGUCGCAGUCCUUCACCAUUGAGGAGUGGAAGCCCAAGGCAUUAAGUUAACUG